GACGUAUAUUUCACGCGACGUUAAGGGUUGGCUUGGUAACGCCAGGUAGUUUGUGUGUUUUCACUGCGGCUAUUCCUUGCACAUUAAACCGCAUUAGUGGUUGUAUUUUGACCAUGAUCGAAGCAUCUCUUCGUUCUCUAGGGGCCAAAGUCGUUGUGGCUGCUUCCAACGAUGAGAACCACCCUCCAGAAAAUAUUAUUGACGGAAAUACAAAUACAUUUUGGAUGUCCACGGGAAUGUUUCCUCAAGAGUUCAUCAUUCGUUUUGAAGAAAUGACUCCGCUUUCUUCAGUGACAGUGGACAGCUACAAUGUCAGGCAUCUAAAAGUAGAAAAGAACACAUCACAGAACGCCUCUCACUUUGAGUUUGUGGCAGAGAAAGAGUUAAAACAAACAGAGGGACAUCUUCAGUCAAAUUCCAUUUCACUAAACGGAAGCAGUGCCACUCACCUUCGUUUUAUCAUCACCUCAGGAUACGAUCACUUCGUGUCUGUGCACAAAAUCGCUGUAAAUAAAUGAGGAAUGCACAUUUUUUCUCCCCUCACAAUUUUCACACAUUACUGUAUUUUUCGGACUAUAAAUCGCACCAGCCAAAAAUGCUCAAUGAAGAGGAAAAAAACACAAGUCAAACUGGAUAUUAGUCGAAUUUUGGUUUGGUCAACAUUAAACAUUAUAAUAGCAAUAAAACAGAACAAAUUGCUAACUAGGUAUCUUUUCAUAUAUUAAGUUAUUCAGAUAACAAUAAAACAAACUCUUGAUCUCACUCCAAAUCCAUUCAAGUCUUUAUCUACAGUAUCACUUUUGAACAAACACUAGUAGAGGGCAGGCCUUGAGCAUACGUAUCAACAUAUAAGUCACAGGCCCAGCCAAACUAUGGGAAAGAAAAGUGUGACUUAUAGUCCGAAAAAUACACUAAUCCACCUGAAUAUCGACUUACCUGAAAAGUAUGAAUAAAACCAAUAUUGCAUUUGUUUGAAUUUACUUCACAUUCCAGUUUACAAUGUAUUAAUGUGGAAUUAUUAUGUUUGUACUGAUGGAAAAAAAAAAAAAAAAAAAAAAGUGUCUAACUCAAGGCCAGGUCCAACCCGUCGUAUCUUGUGUGGCCUACGGAGGAAAAUCAUGUGCAUCUAUUUAAUGAUUUUCACCAAAAUGGUAAAAUUUAAGAUUGUCGCCGCUUGUAAAAAUGUCUAUUUUAAAAUAAAUGGAAUAGCUGUUGAAGAUGUUUUUAACUCCUAAUUUAAAAAAAUAAUAAAAAUAAAAAAUACAGUACAUGUACCACAAUGUGAAAUGCCUACUCUAUCAUGAAAUGUGCGUCCUUUGGUUUAAUUGGGGACGGGAUUUAAUAAACCCAGGCUUCUCCCGUCAGCCCAUGUCUUUUCUUCGGUUUUCUUCGGGUUAAUCUUAUCACAAUGCUAUAUUGUAACUGUCAAUGAUACCGAUGAUGAUGACAACAAACAAACAAACAAAAAACUAAUCAGGCUGAUUUGAAUAAAAAAAUACAUAAAAAAGUAGAAAAUGCAAUUUCUGGAUAAAUGGGGGUAAUUCACGUGACAUUAUACGCACUUCUGGGUUUGCCGAUAAGAGAGUUACCCUCCUUGAAAGUCCGUUGAGUUUUUAUGGUCCACCCGGAUCUACCAGAUGCAAAUGCACUAGUAAAAACUAGUGAUGUAUCGAGGUGCGGCGAGCCUUUGAAAUGUGUGUAAGUGUUGAGUCGGUCGCGAACUCUCGUUCUUUUUGAACAAAUUGUUUGGAGGAACGAGACAGAACUAAUAACCUUCUGCACUGAUUCAUUCUUAAGGAAGUUGGGACUUGUGUGAGAGGGCAUUUAGCUAGCUGCAGUGUCUGACAUCGCGUAAGACGCAGGGGAAGGAGAACAAAAUCAGAGCAUCUGUCACUCAACGCCACAUAUGGCCAAUAAGUAGCCAAAGUGCAGGCACGGGGCAAGACUGGGUUAUGUCACUUCUUGUUCACUUACUCGGUCCUGACUGAGAUUGCUAAAAUGAUUUGGUCUGCAACGUAACCGAACUAAUCACCUUCUGCACUAAUUCGUUCUUAAGGAUGUUGGGACUUGUGUAGGAGUACGUUGAGCAAGCUGUAGCGUCUGACAUCGCGCACGACCAAUCAGGCGCCAGACUCAUCUAAGCCUGUCGCAAUAUGCAAUAAUUCCAUUUAUCGCACGGUAAAUAAAAAUGAAGGCGGUAAUUUUCCCGCUGCGAUUUCUCGCCUCGCGUGCACGUGCGCACGUGUGCGGCAGACGUGCUGUUAAAAGUUCGACUUCCCUCUUACCAACUGCGCGAAAUGCAUCUUUGUUCCGGGUUCGGUCUGGCAAAAAAUAGCGCCGGAGCCAAUCCGUUCCCAUUAUAUCCUAUUGUUCAACGUAUACCGGCCACAUCAGUGCUCGGGAUUGACUAGGGACCAUCUCCGGCGCGCCGGAGCCCGGCAGAUUGUUUUGGCUAUUUCCUAUUUUUGCCGGAGACGCAUGCAUCAAAAUGGGUGGAUUCGACAGCCCAAUGUGUUAUUCACCGUUGAAACACCAGUGAACAUGGACGAAGAACGUUUCAUCAUGGAGGUGGAAAGUCACAAAGUGAUUUAUGAUGCAGCAGAUCAUUACUAUAGGGACAGCUUUCGAAAGGAAGCUGCAAGAUGUAUUAUUAUGUGUGUUUUUCUGGCAAUGAUAUCAAACACACGAUGUGCUGACAACUUUGUUUUUAUUAACACACGGCGCUAACAACACUUCCUCGACCUUCGGCACAUCAAUGUAGCGUGCACUUAAGGGUGCCUCGGAAAACAUCCAAUCAGAAUAUUAAACAUGGAACGCCAUAGCAGAAACUAUGAGGAUGGACGGGGAGUUUUUUAUGCAAGUCAUGUCAUUUAAAACAGUAAUUAAAUAGUGUUGCAAACUCUUGGUAAAAGCAAAAAAAAAAAAAAAAACGGGGAAAAAAUGUUCAAUCAAAUCAAGUCCACUUCUCUCUCUGAUGAGUACAGACUUCGUGUGUUUGUCGUUGUUUUGAAUGCCAUAUUACAACGGGACGGAGUUGGCGGACCGAAGCCGUGUGCAGCCGGUAUGUUUUGCCGGUUUUUGACGUACUGCGGGGCACACAGUCAACACAGAGCCGUGCCGGACCCGAUGUAUACGGGCCCUGUGUCUCUCUCACUGCCGCGUCAUAUGAAUAAAACAUCAUCAUUGCGUGCGCUUCAGGAUGCCUCGGAAAACAUCCAAUCAGAAUAUUACACAUGGAACGCCAUAGCAUAAACUAUGACGGAAAAGUUUUCAUUUGCCUCAAUGCUUGUUAAGUGCAAUUUUAUUUUUUUCUUGAAAAAGACAUUUUAUUUAUUCUGUGUGGUAUUAAUAGUGUUGUCUUUUACUUAAAAGAGGCAUGGUCUUGUUUUUAGUUGUGAUUCCUUAAAAAGAGUUUUGGAAUUUAAGAGUAAACAUUCAUCAAGUUUAAAUGGGUGUACUUGAUUCAUUUAUAUAUACUGUAUUCUCAC